UCAGCAACUAAACAACAACAUGCAGCUUUUGAAUUCCGAACUGUGCUCUUUGAUUGAUGAGAAGCAAUCGCGUCCUGAACAAUUUUCGAGUUGCAACAGAGGCAGUGCAGCUGGCAGCGCGAUGCAGGAACUUAAUCACAGGGUACGCGACUUCUCAUUCGAUUCCAAUGCGCCACAAUUCGAGUUUCAUGGAUUUGGUUGCAUUCAGUCGCUGGCCAUGCCAAAGCGUCUGGUUUGCUUGAACGACGGUGAACUUCCAAAGAAGUCAAAAUCAAAUGGUUGUCAAAAUCAAAAACAACUGCAGAAAGAGAACAUAUCAAGUGAGAAGGAGUUUAACGGGCUCAGCAUAGAGCAAAUGCAAUCUGUUGAAGUGUUCGGCAACUGCCGCGAACGCAAUCUUUUGCUGCGUUUGAUAGACUUGUUCAAGUCGCUGCAUGAGCAUAUCAAUGCAGAGUUUCCCAGCCAUCAGCUGAACUCGUUGUCAUCGGAUUACGUUUUCGAAUUGCCCAGCAAGCACUCCAAGCCCAAAGGCUGCAAUAUACGCCAUCAAGUACAAGUGCUGUGCACCAAAUUGGAACGCUUCAUCGGACGUCUGCGUCGCAUCUUGGAGUCCAAUCGCCACUUCGACUACACCAAGUAUGCCGAAUGCGAUGGGCUAAUCAAUGGAGCUGCACAGGGUCUGCGCACCCUUAAACAAUUCACAAACGUGGAUCUGCGCCAACGUAAUUUGCAGUUUAUCAGCCAUUUGGCGAACGAAAAUGCCUCUCAACUGGAAAUUGUGCUACUUGAUCUGCGGGAGCGUUUGAAAUCUGCUCACAUUCAUGUAUAUGUUUUCAACUGGGAAAUGGAUAUAGAGCAUCGUUAUUCGGCGACUAUGACAACAAGUCUCGAGGAGAUGAAUAACAAGGCUUUAUCAUUGGCUGCCGCAGAGUUCCAGGCUGCGCAACCACGUGAACUUUGUUUUGAAGAGCAGUUAAUCGCAGAGCACUAUCAUCUGGGCAACGUGGUCAACUGUGCCAAGGAGCACGAGGAAUUUCUCACGGCACUGCUCAAAUCGCCCGAGAACUAUUUCCCACCAGAUAUUAUUGACUUAUGCAAGCCGCCCAUGAACAAAAAUAAAAGCCAGCUGCCACCUUUACCAUCUGACUCUGUCGAUGAUGUCACAGAUGGCAUAGAGAAUUUGGUCUUUGGUGGAGACAUUCUCGAAGUGGCACCCUCUUCACCACCAAGAGCCAGCCAUCGCUCCCAUAUUCCAAAGUGUUUUAGAGCUUAGAGAUC